CUUCCACACUUUUGCACUCGACAACUGCUCACGUUUUACCAGCAGAGCCCUGCUUUCCACCUUCACCACUUCUCGCCAGCCGCACCACUCUCGACCGCCCAACAUGCAGGUCCAAAGUCCGCUCUCUUCUUCAAUAGGUCUCAGCGACGAUCCUCCGCUCUCCAUCUUUGGUGGAGGCUGUCUCAGCUAUGAGCACCAGCGUUCCAUGGCCUGUCGAGAACUACCGGCUGUCCGGAGGAUACUAGGCACUAGAGCGCCUCAAAAGGCCGGCGGUGGUCUCUCGAGACAACGACGGCGGAGAGCGCAACACAACCACCAAAAUCAAUCACGGCGGUGGGAGGAUGACGGCAGAUCGUUGGCGGCCGACAGCAAUGUCGUGCUUCCCAGCGAUAGCCGCCGUGCUUCAGCUCCCGCCGACCAGUACAUCGACGACAUCAGCCGGCGGACCCCGCGUCUUGUCCGUCAAGAAGCCUUUUGUCUGUCGAGCACUUCGCGAGAUUGGCGCAGCCUGGACUACAUCGACGACGAUGACGAGCUGUACCGUCUCGGACUGCUCUACGACGAGUCGCGCGACCAUCGCCCCGUUCUGAGCAGGAGCCCUUCUCGAGCUGCUGCACAGAACGAGAUACACAGCGCCCGUUUCACUCUGGAUGCCAUUCGCCACGGCGAGCCCGCGUAUACCGUACGCGUGGUGUCCAACUCUGGCUCACAUGGCAGCAGGAGGAGGAGGCGUUCCGGAUACCGCUUCGACGCCCAUGGCGCCACGGAAAAUGACGACGAGGACAUGAGCGAUCGCGAGAGCGAUGAGGACGGACAAUACCACAAGAGCGAGCCCCGUCUCCGCGCCCCACCGAAUUUGACCCUGGAUCUAUCAUUCACGGCGUUUGCCGACAAUGUCCACCAAGCCUGGCCCCGUCGUGGGUGCCAGGAUGAGGGCAUCCAGGAUGACCUGUACAACCACGACAUGCAUGUGGAAGGGUCUGCCGGGGACAGGAUACAUUACGUCUCUUCCUCGUCGCAGCCGAUGCAGCAUAUCAUAUACGAACUUCACGAAGAUUACGAUCAUGACGACAACCACGCCGAGGAGCUACGUGAGGAAGAGAUCGCACGUGCGAGGCGUCCAGGUACACCAAUUACGCAGACUCCCGAGCUGGUCUCCGACGAUGAGGACAUCGGCUCCGACGACGCCGAGUGGUUCAGCCUCAUGGAGGAUGGAUGGACCCCGAUUGAGGAGGAGGAAGGCAUGAGCCUAAGUGGCGCGGACGGCAAGAAGAUUGGAGGAUGGCCAGGUGGCGUCGCUAUCAAUGAGACCUGGGUUGUACUUGGGCGCGGGCAGGACGGCUCGUAGCAGAUCCGCAUUUGUUGCAAGGUCGGGGUUUCUCACACAAACCUCAGUCUUCAACAGACGCAAGCACAGUUUUGGUAUUACCCGUCGAAUACCUCGGAGACUGUGUGGAUUGGCCUUCACUACACUGCUCCCGCAGGCCCUGGCAACACCAAAAGUUAACGGCGUAUCAUUCCAGCAAAUCCAACUCGACUCUGUCACUUCAUAAGCCGCAACGUGCCAUCCCACCGGCGCUAGCUUUCAUCCUCACGGCAAUUUCGAACAGCGG